AUGUCAAGUCACCACCGCCACCUGUCUCCCAAUCGAGGUCGACACCAUACAAUCGACCCAAUGCGAGCUUCCACUGGCACUGUUCAGCUAGGAUCCUCCUACGAUCAUCACGACCCGCCCAGUUAUCACGACUCGUCCAGGCGCUAUGAGUACGAUGACUAUAUAUCAGACACUGGAUAUGCCAGUGCAUACGGCUAUGGCUCGGCUCGACCACCUAUACUCGAAGCUCAUCCUGUUUCCUCCCAUCGAGUCCAUGAUCCGACCUCAUCCGCUAAGAAACGAACUGAAUACACCGUCAAGCCCAGACAUAGAAGCAACACAGCAUCUGCGGCAGACUUCUACUCCACCCCAGUGCGCCUGGAAGUGCCGUCCAAAUCUCGGCACCAUCUUGCCCCCGUGAAACAUACAACUCAUCGACCAGCUCCGGGCUCUUUUCCCUCGGAGUCUGCACCUCAUGUGGUCGAGGCCGCUCCUCGAUACCGCUCGCACCACCGACUACCCAACACCGACUAUGCCAGCGAUGUUGGGUACCGCGACUCGCGGGAUGAUAUGAGACAUCGGGCAAGCCCCAGCUCACCACGGACUUAUCCGCCGUCUCAACCACGACGUCACCCAGCUUACGAUGGACUGAGAAAGGGGGACGAUAUCGAUGACUUCGAUGCCUACUCCUACACUACUCCCCGCGAGCAAUUCGAUCGCGACUAUCCGGUGAAGCCUCGCACUCGAGGAUCCAGAUAUGCGGACAACCGGCCACUCAGCAUUUCUGGGAUUGACAGUUCCCAGUGGGCGGGACGAAAGGAACGCCAUCAUGGCCCACCCCCGACUUCCUGGGGCCUAGACAAGAUGGCCCGAGAACGACCCCGAGGCUCAAGUCGUAGCAGGGAUGAUCAUCAUGAUGUGCGCAGAUCGAAGGAGGGAGUUCAUGACCAGGCCUUGGUUGCCGUGCCUCAUGAUUCAGACGACGAAGACUACCGUCAUGGCCGUACACACCGCCGCCAUCAUAGACGCCAUGAAGACGAUCGAGACCGACACUAUGGAGGAGACUAUCACCCCAAAUCACAUGAUAGUGGUUCCCUCCCCGUCGUGGGACUUGGAACAGCCGCUCUAGGGGGUAGAUAUUCCGACGUGUCAGACUACGAGCAACCGCGCUCGCCAAAGGGUGCACACAGGCGCACCCACGACGAGCACGAUAAACGUGGCCACGAUGCCGCCCCAGCCUCAUCCCGGGAGCUCGCCAUAGCCGAUGCCAUUGAAAGAAACAGGCCAGGUUAUUUGGCCCCAGAGGAUGCUCACCGCCACGGUCGACGCCGACACUCCCGACGACGGAGGCAUAGCGAUGAGGCCGGCGUCUCCGAAGACGAUCUGGAAAGAUAUAGACAAGAGCCCUCUGCACCAGAUUCCGGCCGUCGCAGACACAGCAGCACCGAUACCUCGGAGAGCGACCGGGACCGCAGCCGGGAGCGUUCACGCCAUCGCAGGCACAGAGACCACUCGCGUGGACAUCGCUCGUCUCGCUCUCGUCACCGCAUGCUGGAAGAUGGCAAUGCCAGCGAGCCGCGCCGCUCGCCGCCUGACAUGACCAAGGACGAUUCUAAAAAGCUCGUUGCGGUCGAGCCACCUAUCGCUCCGAAGGAGCCCGGAGGCGCCCCCCAAGGGAAUUCUCAAGGCUCCCCGUCCGGCUUUCCCGGAAGAGCCCAACCCAGGGCUCGCUGGACGAAGAUCGACCGGCGACUGGUGAAUCCGGAGGCAUUGGAAGCGGGGAAUGAGCGGUUCGAGGAGCGGUCGGAUUAUGUGAUUGUGUUGAGAGUGUUGACCAAGGAGGAGAUCCAACUAUAUGCUGUGAAGACGCAGGAGAUCAGAGAUACUCGACACAAAGAACAAGUUCGUGAAAGACGCAAGUCUAGAGAUGAGACUCAGCGCCAUGGACGCCGUGGCGAGGGGUCUUCUAGUGAUGACGAAUAUGAGGGCGAGGACAAGCCUCGAAAACAGCUUGAAGCACCUCCUACCUCUGAAGAGUGGCGGCCAUCUCUGCCGGCGCGUCCACGCGCUUCGACCAACUCGAUGCAAGAAGCUGAAAGACCCAGAAUGGGUCCAUCUGCUACACCAGCUUAA